GCUGAAGAAGGAGGAGAAGACGACUUUACUACACCGUCUUCGGAUCUUCUUGAUCAUGAAACAUUUGAUCAGCUCCUGGAGAUGGAUGACGAUGACGAUCAUAAUUUCUCAAAGUCUAUAGUAUGGCAUUACUUUGAGCAGGCAGAGUCAACGUUUUCGGAGAUGGAUCAAGCAUUCAUUCAUUUUAAUUCUAAAGAGAUCAAUAUGCUAAAUGAAUCAGAAAUAGAUGAGACACAAGAGAGUAAG